AUGCUCUGCAACAAGCUUCUCCCUCUUGCUACGCUCUUGGGCGCAUCUAUCGCUCAGAACGCCACGCUCCGGUAUAUGCCGUUUGGUGACUCCAUCACCGAGAUCAUCUGUUGGCGUGCAAAGCUUUGGGAGAAGCUGAAGCCUACUGAGUGGGGAUCCGUAGACUGGGUUGGCUCCGGAAAAGGAGAAAACAACUGCGGAGACAGCACGUACGAUCGCGACAAUGAGGGCCACUCGGGUUUCCUGGCCAUCGACAUUGCCAACAAGAAACAACUUGUCGGAUGGCUCCAGACUAACCCAGCGGAUGUUAUCACGAUGCAUCUCGGCACUAACGACAUCGUGCAGCAGAACAAGCCGGUCAACGAUAUCAUUGCUGCCUUCACGACCCUAAUCGGCGUGAUGAGGGACAGUAACCCCAGGACGAAGAUCGUCGUCGCUCAAAUUAUCCCCAUGGGCUUUGGAAACUACAACACCCAGAUUCAGAACUUGAAUAAGGCCAUCAUCCCCUGGGCGCAGGGCCUCAACACCACCGAGUCGCCCAUCUGGGUCGUGGACCAAUAUACAGGCUUCAGCGGCACCAGCGAUCUGCGCGACGGUGUACACCCCAACGCUUCGGGCGAUGAUAAGAUGGUGAACGUCUGGUACCCGGCUCUUGUUAACGCCUUCCAGGUAGCUCAGGCAGACAAGAACGCCGCUGCUGCGAAGGUUGAGGUCCCAUUCACGGCAUAGAGAGUAUUUGCGACUCAUCUCAAGACGAUACGGAGAUAUUAGUCUCUUGGUGAUGCUCCUCGUGGGUUUACGCCACAGUUGUUUUAUUUCUACUGUAUAUUGAUCAACGUUAUAUAAUAAAAUGGAGCUCAAAUUGGAUAGUGUCGCUUAUGGAUUGACAUAGGUAGGUAGUUAUUAUUGACAUAGUUUAUUUCAAGACGAGAUUGAUGAAUUGAAUAAG